AUCGUUUAGCUUUAAAUUAAGGGAGCAGACCGACGUCUGCAUUCACACCCAUCGCCCACAGCUUAUGGUACGUACAGCUCGUUACUGUCUACUGAGGCAAAGGAUCAUGGUACAGGGGUCACAGAAGCAUAUGAGUGGAUGGCACAUUAUCACUGUUUUCCACAAAAUUGUUUUCCUAAUAAAGGCGCAAUUGAGGGUCAUGGUGGAUAGAAGUAUGGAGGACUCAAAACUGAGUCUUUGAAACAAGGCUUUUAGACUGUGUUGAUUUUCGACGCACAUAUGGAUACCUGCUCUUCGGUUAGUUAGUUCAGACUUAAAAGUGAUAUCGUCUCGCAAAAGAUUUGAACUAGUUUCUACAACACAUUCAUAGGAGAUGGAGGGCUGGCCAUUUAUUUCGGUAAACGUCACUGCUCAAGACCAGUCGGCAGAGAUCGCGGUUGCAGUUUUCCCUUUAAACAACACAAUGGAAAACACGACCGACAAUCCACUUUCAAAUGUUACGGCUCCGGCAGUCAAUAUUGCACAUAAAGUCAUUUCCAUCACCUUGGGAUUCCUGAUAUUCUUGGUGGGAAUCCUGGGAAACGUGCUAGUUAUCUGGGUGGUUACCCGAACCAAGACGAUGCACAGCACCACGAAUUGUUACUUGGUGAGUCUCGCCGCCGCUGACUGUAUAGUGCUCCUCACUGCCACUUUGCCGUUCACACUAGGACAGUUCUACAAAUAUGGGAUCAUACCAUACGGGAUUGUCUCAUGUGCCCUGUUGACAUUUUUUAGUUAUAUGGGAAUCAACGUGUCUUCUUUAUCUAUAACAGCGUUCACUGUAGAAAGAUACAUAGCCAUAUGCCAUCCGAUGAAAGCUUAUACUAUAUGUACCAUCUCACGCGCCAAAAAGAUCAUCAUUGCUUUGUGGGUAUUCAGCGCGCUCUACUCUGCACCUUGGUUAGCUCUUACUAAAAUCACUCCUAUAAAUGAAGUCAAUGAAACGACGUUCAAUAACUGUGACUAUAAACUCAAGAGAGACCAUUACUUUGUAUAUUACUUGGUGGAUCUUGUAAUGUUUUAUAUUCUUCCGCUGUGUCUCACCGCAGUGCUGUAUUUCCUGAUAGGGAGGGUCUUGUUCAGCAGCGAGAGGACGGGGGCUGUGGCGGAUAGUAUUAGACGACGCAAUCGCAAGAAUGAAAAAAAUCGAGAAGAGAUGGGGUCCAUUCAUAAAAAAUCUUCUACAAGAAGCGAACAAAACCCGUCUUCUAGGAUACAAAUCGUCAAAAUGCUAGCCGUUAUUGUGGUUCUCUUUGCAGUCCUGUGGCUUCCCUAUAGAGGUCUCGUCGUGUACAACUCUGUUUCAUCACGCCCGUUCUUAAAUGAAUGGUUCGUACUGUUUUGCUUAAUGAUGAUCUUUUUGAACUCUGCCAUUAACCCCAUUUUGUACAACGCCAUGUCGAAAAGGUUCCAGAGAGCGUUUAAGAGACUCCUGUGCCGCUCUGCCGUGAAGAGAAAGUUUGGGACAGGGUCAAACAUUCACACAACGUUUUCUGAGCUGCAAAAAGAGGACUCAAUUUACAGAUGAUAUCCAUAAAUGAAUUUUUCAAGAACACCAGUGUCUGACAAUGAUUACUAACGUAAUAAGGUACACUUGGAAGUACGUAUAAUGUCUUUACACUGUUCUUGAUACAUGUCCCAGUAUGUCGUACACUCAUGCAAUGCAAUGAUCAAUAAACGAUUUGCAAGUCGAAAGUAGACAGAAAUCCUCAAGUAAUGCAGAAUAGUUGGUUAGAGUAGUGCACACUGUAUAACAGGUCUCAGGCCCGUAGCCAGCAAUUUCAG